GUGAAUUCAGAACAGAGCAGAGAGUGGAUAGGGGAGGCUGCUACACGCUGCUGCCGCUGCUGCCUUUGUCGUAAAGGGAACGCUCGAGCCAUCUAAGCUGCUGCAGACAUACGGAUAUUUAUCACGGACUUCAAGAGGAAAUAAACAGCGAAAAAUCACAUCCAUGUACUUACAAAAGGGUGGGGGUUUGCCUCUGUUGGCGCUCUUUGCAGUUUUGCAGAUUGCUGUGGCGGGCAGGGGCACCCCAGCAUGCAGGCCGGGCUUCUCUGAAGAUGUGUACAAUGCUGCAGUGCCAGGAACUUCAGAGAAGGGACAACCCCUCUUCAAUGUGCAAUUCGUGGACUGUGGCCUCGGUGGCCCGGUGACGCUGGAGUGCAGCAGCCCCUCCGACUUCCGGAUAGGGGCCGACGGGGCGGUGUACGCCGCCAGGAGCCUGGGCCCGUCCGAGCUGGGGGCCCGGACGCUGGAGGUCACGGCCAGAGAGGCCGCCACCCUGCAGCUGUGGCAGACGCAAGUGAGGCUGGCGCCCCACACGGGCCACAGCCAGCCGGAAGUAGCGGCCCCUGCCCCACCUGCCACGCCCCAGGGGGUGCGGGAGAUCGCGUUUCCGCGGCGACACGCGGACCACAGCGCCGGAGGGCUGCUGAAGCGUAUGAAGAGGGACUGGGUCAUCCCCCCCAUCAACGUCCCGGAGAACUCCAGAGGGCCCUUCCCACAGGAGCUCGUCAGGAUCCGAUCGGACCAUGACAAGAGAAGCUCCCUGAGGUACAGUGUGACUGGGCCAGGUGCAGACCAACCCCCUACAGGCAUCUUCAUCAUCAACCCCAUCUCUGGAGAGCUGUCAGUCAACAAGCCCCUGGACAGAGAGCACAUAUCCAACUUCCACCUGAGGGCCCACGCGGUGGACCUGAACGGUAACCAGGUGGAGAACCCCAUCGACAUUGUGAUCAACGUGAUCGACAUGAACGACAACCGGCCAGAGUUCGUCCAUCAGAUCUGGAACGGCUCAGUUCCGGAGGGUUCUAAACCAGGGACGUUUGUUAUGACAGUCACAUCUGUCGACAAAGACGACCCCAAAACACAAAAUGGAAUGCUGCGUUACAAGAUUCUGUCCCAGAACCCCGAGAGCCCUAACUCCAACAUGUUCACCAUCAACAACCAGACAGGAGGCAUUGUUACCGUGGCAGCGGGCCUGGACAGAGAGAAAGUUCCUCAGUACACCUUGAUCAUCCAGGCCACCGACAUGGAGGGCAACCCCAUGUACGGCCUGUCUAACACCGCCACAGCCGUCAUCAGAGUCACAGACGUCAACGACAACCCGCCGGAGUUCACCUCAGACACGUUUUACGGAGAGGUGCCUGAGAAUCGGGUGAAUGUCAUCGUUGCCAACCUGACGGUGACUGACAAAGACCAGCCCAACACCGCCGCCUGGAACGCCAUCUACAAAAUCACCGGGGGCGACCCCACCGGCAGGUUCUCCAUCCCCACGGAUCCCACCACUAACGAGGGCCUGGUUACCGUCGUCAAGCCAAUCGACUACGAGGUGAGCAGGUCGUACGUCCUGACGGUGGCGGCCGUGAACGACAUACCCCUGGCCCGGGGCAUCCACUCCCCCCGCCAAUCCACCGCCACGGUCACCAUCACCGUCAUAGACAUCAACGAGAGCCCUUACUUUGACCCCAACCCCAAACUGAUGAGGCUGGAGGAGGGCCUGCCACCAGAGUCCAUCCUGACCACCUUCACUGCUCAGGACCCCGACCGGUUCAUGCAGCAGAGCAUCAGGUACUCCAAGUUCUACGACCCGGCAAACUGGCUGAGGAUCGACCCCAACACGGGCCGCGUCACCACGACCGCAGUCCUUGACCGCGAGUCUCCCUACGUCAAGAACAACAUGUACAACGCCACCUUCCUGGCUGCCGACAACGGCGUGCCCCCAGCGAGCGGUACAGGCACCCUGGAGAUCUUCCUGAUUGACAUCAACGACAACGCUCCGUACGUGUACCCGCCGGAGGUGGAGAUGUGCGAGAAGCCCGAUCCCAACGUCAUCAACAUCACGGCCGUGGACGGAGACCUGAACCCCAACGCCGGCCCCUUCGCCUUCGAGCUGGCCAGGAAGCCCGCCGACGUCCAGAGGAACUGGACCGUCACGCGCCUCAGCGGUGAAUACGCCCAGCUCAGCCUGAAGAUUGGCUUCUUGGAGAGCGGCAUCUAUGACAUCCCCUUCAUCAUCACCGACUCGGGCAACCUGCCCAUGUCCAACACCACCUAUCUGCGCGUCAAGGUGUGCCAGUGCGACAUCAACGGAGACUGCACCGACCAGCAGCUCAUCAUGGCUGCGGGCCUGGGCACCGGAGCCAUCAUCGCCAUCCUGCUCUGCAUCAUCAUCCUCCUCAUCCUGGUGCUGCUGUUCGUGGUGUGGGUGAAGAGGCGCGAUAAGGAACGGCAGGCCAAGCAGCUCCUGAUCGACCCCGAGGACGACGUGAGAGACAACAUCCUCAAGUACGACGAGGAGGGCGGAGGAGAGGAGGACCAGGAUUACGACCUGAGCCAGCUCCAGCAGCCUGACACGAUAGAGCCCGACGCCAUCAAGCCUGUGGGGAUCCGCCGUAUGGACGAGAGACCCCUCCACCCGGAGCCCCAGUACCCUAUGAGGUCAGCUGCCCCCCACCCCGGGGACAUUGGGGACUUCAUCAACGAGGGACUUAAGGCCGCAGACAACGACCCCACUGCCCCACCCUACGACUCCCUGCUGGUGUUUGACUACGAGGGCAGUGGCUCCACGGCUGGCUCCUUAAGCUCCCUCAACUCCUCCAGCAGCGGGGGGGACCAGGACUACGAUUACCUCAACGACUGGGGGCCCCGCUUCCGAAAACUGGCAGACAUGUAUGGAGGCAGCGACGACUAGGCCUCACGCCACACCCAAUAACGGAGAAGAACGGAGAGGGAUGACAAGGGGUGAUCUUGUUGUCCCCUGUUGAUGGACGUGGACAGCUUCUGAUUACUGAUAUCCCCAGAGAGAGUGACAGAACCAUGACAGAAAAGUACAAAAAUUUACAUAAUUCCGAAAAAAUGUUAAAAAACAACCAACCUUGGCUUAUUGUUGUAGUCUACGCAUACAUAUGCUUGUUGAAGGCUUAGGCAUAGGCUGCGGUCCAGUUUUGGAGAAGGGGAGGGAACAUUGGUGAGCUGUCACUGUUUGGAUCGUUGGUAUUGAGCGCGCUCAGUUACACUUGAAUUUCACAGUACAGAAGCACUGGGAUAUAAUGUGCCUUUUUGUACAUUUUUUGGAUCUGAAUGAUUAGUUUUAUGUUCAAGGCUUUAAUGGUACUGACUUUUGGAGUGAUUUCAAAACAUAGGAAAGUAUGUUACACUAUGGUAUGCUUCUACGUGCUUUUUUUGGUUACACAAUACUGCUGUUUGUUGAAAAUGAUUAUUUAAAUAAAGCUGAAGAAAUGAUGAAGGAUCCUUUGUUAGCUUGGAUGGGACAAAACAAUUAAGAACAGCACUGUACAGUACGCUAGACUUUUAGACUUUUUCACUAAAAGAUUAAACUUAUGCAGCUGGUUGCAAAUAAAGGGAGUCAUACAUCAUACUUUUGUAGCGGAAUAUAAUUUUCCUUGAUUUCUGAAGUGGUGUAGUGUUUUUACAAAACUGUUUAUUUUGUUCUAAUCCAUGUACACUUCAUUUGCCUUAGUCAUCAUCUGGUACUUUCAACUUUUACUUCACUGUAAAAAGAUGUGUGUACAUAAUGUUUUUCUUGUUUUUCUUUUGAUGUAGUCUUUGAAGAACUGCAAAAAGUUCCAAACGUAAAUGUAUGAUUUGGACUACAAAUUGAAGUUUUGCAUGUUUUUAUCUUUUCACGACAACAAAAAUUAAAAAUAAUGUUAUUUCCUAAAUUUAUUUACAAGCGAGAAAAUAAAAACUGGGUGACAUUAAUUGUGUAGAAGUUAAGAAAGUCUUUUGUAUAAAAUGAAAAAAUAACUAAGAAACAAAAAAGAAAAAUCGUAAUCUUGUCAGCACAACUGUUUGAAUUUGUACCAAAAAGGGGUGUGUGGUGUUCUGACCACGUUGGAACUAAUUACUGAAUCAGCUUUAAGACUGGGAAAGGUUUUGUCUAAAGCCUUGUGGAUAAUCGUCUGUACUGAAAUACAAAUUAUACUGACCCCAACCAUCCGAAUAAAAUGCUAAUUUUGGAGCUAGA